AUGUUGAUUUCGCACAAUGGAGACUCAUUUUUGACUCGAAACUGGCCCGAUUUUGGUUCGAAUUCUGGUACGACUUUGGAAUUUAAUGUUGGUGAGCGUGUUUUCUUACGAGUUUCGCCUUACCAAGGCGUACGUCGUUUUGGAAUUAAGGGAAAGCUUAGCCCUAGAUUCAUCGGUCCAUUCGAGAUUCUUGAAAGAGUCGGUGAAGUUUCUUACCGUUUGGAAUUGCCACCUCAACUAUCACACGUGCAUAAUGUCUUUCAUAUAUCCCUCCUUAGGGGAUAUAAUUACCAUCCGUUACACGUUGUGAAUUAUCCUUAUCAUCUUAUUCAUGAGGACUUAUCUUUUGAGGAGGAACCCGAAGCUAUUAUUGACCGCCAAGAACGAAUUAUGCGUAGGAAGACUAUUCCUUUUGUUAAAGUCCUUUGGAAGAACCAUUUAGAACGUGAAGCUACAUGGGAAUUAGAAGACAUGAUCCGUUCUCAUUAUCCAAAUUUGUUUUCAUCUUAG